CAGGAGGCAUUCUCUGAAGCUGAACUCUUCUGGAUAAACGUGAAGAUGACACUCUUGUCAGGAUGCGCUCUGCUCUGCCUCCUUCUGUUCGGGGCAGGAUCUUCAGGUGGUGAGAAGCUGCAGUGUGCUGUGUCUCCUGUGGGGGUGCUGCACCCUGUCCAGGCUCAGCUGGAGCGGUUUGAGGCUGGGCCAGGUUGUGCUGCCAGAGAGGGCGGGGCUAAAGAAACUCAUGUGAUCGCUGUGGGAAGCGCCAAUCACAGAUCUGGAAAGCUGGUGACAGUAGUGUUGAGACCAUUAUCUUAUUCUCGUCCAGUCAGUCGUCCAGUCAUACUGGUGUUGAGUUCCCAGUAUGCAGUGCGCUGGGUUCUAGAGAAUGAGGGACUGCCAGAGAUGCUCCAUGUGCUGGUUCAGGUGUCUGCUAAUUCCACGGUGAAGUUGGGCAAUGUGCCAGCGCGUGUCCACUCCAUUCCCACACUGCCCUGGCGUGCUCGAGCUCUUCUGCAGUGGACUCUGCAACGGCACUCCGCCAUCACCUCCCUCACACACUCUGCACGAGCCAACCGCGUGUACCUCCGUCUUGGAGAGGAUCCCAGCAUGCCGAGUGUGUGUCACCUGCAGUCUCUCUUUCUGUCUCAUAACUACCUGGCGUCUGAACUGCAGCAGCAGGAAGCUAACGGCUGCACUCUGUCAGAAACUGCUUCUGACACAGAAGUGCAUGUCAUUAAGCUGUGGUCAGCAGGUUCUGGACUGUGUGGCUCAUUACAGGUAGAGGUAUCUAUUGCUCUGCUGCCCUCAGUGGCAGAUGCGGGGUGGUAUAACCUCGUGCUGGUGUUAAGCAGCGCAGCUCCAGUAAACUUUGCUCUGGUGACCACUGGCCUCCGUGGCCACAUCACUGUCUAUUCUUCCCACAGUGUUACCCCUCUCUAUCCUCCUAAGCCUGACCUCACCAUGAGCACCACUAUAGUCCCUGACCUCCUCAUGCACCCUGACCUGUUGGCCUGGGCCAAAGAGAAUGACUACUUCUUUGUUACGUCAUACACGGAGGCUAAUCUGGCCAAUCGCUUUGUGAUCAAGCUAAGAGGAAGAGAAACAGUCCAGGAGGUUAUGGAGACAAAGAAGGAGGAGACGAGAUUCAGGCAGUGGCUUUCUCGUGAGGACGAUGAUGGUGCUGAAGGCAGCCAGGAGGUUAUCAGAGCUCAGUGUCUGGAUGGACGCCUCACUGUCUCUGUGGAUAAACAGAUUUUACAGGCCCUGUCUCUCCCAGUGUUAGCAGUGACUCUGCGAGACCCCUCGUGCCAGGCGCAGUCCAACGGGAGCCAUUUCCUGUUGGCGUUCCCGGUCAUUUCCUGUGGGACAGAGGGAGAGAUCAAGCAACACAGCAGAGAAAUGCAAUACAAAAACACGGUGUUGCUAUGGAAACGCAAGCCUCGGAUGGGUCUGUCCCGUGGAACAAAAUGGAAAGUGACUGAGGACUUAACUCCAGUGGUUAUACAUUUCAGCUGUGCAGUUCCGUUUCCCACUUCUCCCACUGUUCCUGAGCUGAGCUCCUCCAAGCCUGUGGGGGCAAAGUGGCGCAGUACAGCUUCAGGCCCGCUAUGGUUCAUCACUCCUCAUGGUGCACCUCUGCUCUCCCUCCAGCUGUUUGCGAGCAAGCAGUUUGAGCGCAGAACCGUGGGGCCCUGCAUUAUCACCGUUAACAGCCGAGUAUACGCCGAGAUCUCUGGCAGUAGGGCUCUUGGUGGGCGGUUAGAGUUGAGCUCCUGUGUGGUCUCUCCUCUCUCUGACCCGCGCGCACACCCCGGCUGGCCGGUUGUCCAAGGCUUCUGCCCUGCUGACCCUUCCUUCAGCCUGGAGAACAGUGCGCAAGAGGAAAGAGUGAGCGAGGAGGAGGAGGAGGAGGAAGAAGAGGAGGAAGAGAGUGACGAGGGAGAGAGUGAGGUGAACGAAGGAGAGCAAGAGAGAGAGGAGGAAGAAGAAGUUUGGGCUGAGGAGAGAGAGGAAGAAAGACAGAGAAAAGGAUCAAGUCAAGGUGGAGGGAGAGAAGAACCAAGAGACGAAGAAGAGAAGACAGUGCGAGAUGGAUCAGGGAAAAGAAAGUCGCCAAAGCAGAAAUUCGAUCAGAUGAAAGGAAAGACAGAACCCCGGCUGAGGUUUAGCUUCAUCUUGCGGCCGGUCUUUAAUAACUCUAUCCAGUUCCUCCACUGCAGUCUGCAGCUGUGCGGAGGCGGAUCCCCAGGGGCAACAGCACAGAGACACUGCACGCAGGGGCCCUCAGUACCUGCUCUCAUAAACACACCUGCUGGACAACAGUGUGAGUACAGAAACUUGUCCAGGCCAGUGCUGGUCACCUAUUCCCCGACUGAUGGGCUGGCCGGCCUGCUGCCGCCCCCUGCUGGUCAGCUUGCUCAAAAGCCUGCAGCAGCAAAAACAGAGAUGUCAAGGCACAGCUCUUCUGACACUGUUGCUGAUACUGGCCCUGUUGUGGUCAUUGUGUUUGCUGCGUUUCUGCUGGGCAUCAGCCUGAUGGGGGCGCUCUGGUGCAUCUAUUCCUGCACAGGGAAACCCGCAGCUGUGCAUAGAGACAGUCACUUAGAGACAACAGCACACAACUCCAACUCCUGGAACCCCGUAGCUCAGCUGGAAGAAGCCAGCAGCUCUGUGUAGAGAUGGUGGACGUCGUGGACGAAAGGAUAGUGUUUGUGGGUUUGGUGGGUUCCAGAAUCCUGCACAUAUUUGGACAAAACGCAGAUCAUGAUAAACCAUAACCUCAUGAGCCAUGGCCUUAACCUGGUCUGAUUAAUGCGCCUCUCUGUGUGGAGCUCAUGCAUGCUUUUCACCAAAACUGAAACCACUUAAAUCUGUCUACAUAAGCUGAGCCUCCAGUGGGCCAGCUUUAGGCCUGCAUUGGACUAGUGUCUGACCAACGACAACGUUGGGCCUUCUGAAGGGUGCUGAGUGUCAUUGUGCUGCUUUGUUGUAUUUCAGGCUGUCAUUCUCUGAGCUGAGAAUUAA